AUGCGCACCUCCACGCUCCCUUGGAGGUCUAUUGGCCUCGCUCUCUUGUCUCUGACCUUGCCUUCAACUUUGGCGCAGUCCUCUCCUUCCAUCAAUGUGGCCUUAGAGACUUCUUUCUCUGCCGGGCCAUACCUGGUCGAAUUGCUGGAGACUGCCGCGCUGGAAAACUCAUCAUCAUACUUUCCUCUUCUUGAUCGCAUCGCUGACGGCGUCUUUUCGGAUUUGCACACGGAGCAAGAGCUGUACAAUAAAUUCAUAGAUGUGUUGAAGCAAGAUGGCCACCUGUCCGAUCCCGAAUCUCUCUCCUCAUUCAAAUUCGCCCUCGCUCUCCAUGCUGCCGCACCUCGAAUUGAGGCCCAUUUCCAAUAUUACAACACGUCGGUUCAGCCAUAUUUGAUGGCGGCGCAGGACGCUGCCUGCCCUGUUUGGGUCUAUCUGGAUGGCAAGCAAUACUGCUCUCCAGCAUUGGAUCGUGCACAGCAGGCAGUGGCAUUACCAGAUGUAACCGACAACCUUCCGUUCGACCGUGUGCUAGGAGACGUACUAGAGGCACCACCGUCCAUCCUUUACGCAGAUAUCACACACCCCUUAUUUGGCCAAUUCCACCAUGACGUCUGUCAGACAGCUCGCGAAGGAAGGUCAACAUACAGAGUACGAUACAGGCCGUCAAUGGGUUCCGGAGAGACAAAACCCCUUUACGUCAGUGGUUAUGGUGUUGAGCUCGUACUCAAACGGACGGACUAUAUCGUUAUUGACGAUCGGGACGCCCACAAGACUGGGAGCGGAAACGUUGACCCGGUGUCCUUGGAGCAGGUGCAGGAAGACGAGCUCACAGAUUUAAAACCUCUCACCACCUCUGAAGUGGUCAACCUAGGCUUGAAUGCUGCCAGCUUCAUUACGGCGAGUUCCCACCCGCUCGAAAGCCUGCUACAAAUCUCAUCGGAUUUCCCCCGGUAUUCGACCCUCUUAGCAUCUACCAAUGCUAGCAGAGAAUUUCUAUCCGAGCACACGGCAAAUCGGGAGCAGUUCCUGCCAUCUGGAUACAACGUAUUUUGGAUUAAUGGUGUUCAAAUCGAGCCGCGUCUCGUAAAUGCUUAUUCUCUUCUCGAUCACCUGCGACGAGAAAGGCGGAUUAUCGGUGAAUUGAAAGAAAUUGGACUUACAUCAGCCGAAGCCAUCAAUCUCCUUUCCAGUGAGGUGAUUGCUGAAGCACAGGCCAAUGAGAUGCCACAACGAUUUGACUGGCGCGAUGAUGUCGAGGCCGACAAAGUGCUGAUGUGGUUGAAUGAUCUUGAACAAGAUAAGCGAUAUGCUGCAUGGCCAUCAACGCUGCCCUCGCUGUUCCAGAGGGUCUACCCAGGACAGUUGCCUCAGUUGGCUCGAGACAUCCACAACCUCAUCGUACCAGUCGACAUGACUGACAUCAAGGAUAUUGAACUUGUCGCGACAUCCUUGCAGAGUUUGGUCCGAAGACUGGUGCCCAUCAGGAUUGCGAUUAUUCCCACUGGAACUGGAGAAACAGCGAAUCUCUAUUCGAAACUAGCGUACCACAUACUUGAUACCUAUGGCUUGAGCUCGUUAAUGGCCUUUUUCUCGGAUAUUGUCUCCUCAAAGAAGCUGUCAUCGAACCCAGAGAAGAGUUUCGCGUCAGCGAUUAAAGGUCGUCCUCUGCGGGAGGGUAGAGAACAAUCUUCCUACCAAGACCUUCUGACUGCGGAAUCUUUGAACCUGCGACUUCAGGCCCGGGAUAAUUACCUGAAUCGCCUGGCUCUGGGGGGAUCUAGGCCUCCUUUUCUAAUCAAUGGAGUCGUCCUUCCUCGAACCGACAAUUGGUUUGAACUGAUGAGCGCACGAUUGUACUCCGAUCUGCAGUUGAUCCAACAAGCUGUUCUCCAGGAUGCCAUCCUUGAAGACACCUGGGUCCCACAAUUUUUCCUUUUCCAGGCUGCCGCCCGGCGAAAUGAGAUUGUAUUUCCUCACGAUCCCAAAGAUGUCAAAAUCGUUGAUGUGAAUUACCUGACCGCCAACUUUGGAGAAGACAUCUCCUCUCUCCCCCGAGUUGCAGGCACAGAGGCCAUGCUACUGAGUGAUCGUGCACAUCUUCUUAUAAUUGCGGACCUAGAUUCUGAAGCUGGCCGAGUUUUCCUGUCCGAAGCUGCCGCAUUCCAGCAGAAGCAUCCAGAAACAGACAUGUUGAUAUUGCACAACCCAAGUUCAGAUUCACCACCGGACCAGCCAUCUCGGUGGUUAUACGCCUUUGUCCAAAAGAGUGGACGCGACCUGACGAUUGAACAGCUUCAGCGGUCACUGGAAAAUGAAUCCGACCCUUUGCUAGGCGAAAGUGAUCUCGCUGAAGCGUCUGCUCGGUUCUGGAGCUCGAAAGAAGGUUUGAUAGGCAGUCUCGGACUUUCUGCAGGCCAAACUGGACUGUGGUUGAAUGGCCGACUUCUCGAACCGUCGGAUCAACCGCUUACCGCCAUUGACUUGGAGUCGCUGCUCGAUUUUGAGCGAAGAGAAAGAAUUGCUCCUGUGACAACGGCCAUUACAGGGCUUGGACUGGAAGAUCGAUUUUCAGACGCGUUGGAUCUCGCAAAAGUUACGUCGCUCGUUGCAAGAUCCCUCAAGUCUGACCUUCCCGAAGGUCUGAGAGAAUCUGCUCCUCUGAUCCGGAUGGAUCGAUUCAAAAUCUGGCAGGACACUCACACGUCCAUCAGUGUUUCUAAUUCGAAUGAUCCCAUCAUACAGAUUGUCGCCGUUAUCGACCCCGCCUCCGAAGUCGUGCAGCCAUGGGUGCCGAUCCUGAAGACCUUGUCCCAGCUGGAUGGUGUCAGUGUUAAGAUCUUCCUGAAUCCGAAAGACAGAUUGACCGAGUUGCCGGUGAAACGAUUCUUCCGUCAGGUGAUCAGCGCAGAGCCCCGUUUCAACGCUGACGGUUCGCUGGAGAAUCCCAACGCCUCAUUUACUAGAGUUCCCAAGGACACACUUUUCAAUCUCGGAAUGCUCGUCCCACCCUCGUGGCUAGUGGCCCCCAAAAGCUCCAUCUAUGAUCUUGACAACAUCAAACUGAGCAGUCUUGGAGAUGGGGAGAACAUUGACGCGCUGUACGAGUUGGAGCAUAUUCUGAUCGAAGGCCACUCUCGAGAUGUGACGAAUGGUCCACCACCUCGCGGGGUUCAACUCCUUCUGGGAACGGCACAGGAGCCUCAUUUCACCGAUACGAUUGUCAUGGCCAAUUUGGGAUAUUUCCAGUUCAAGGCCAACCCGGGUUAUUGGCAGAUCUCAUUGAAACCUGGACGGUCGUCUAAAAUCUUCCACAUCGACAGUGUGGGACCCCAUGGGUAUUCGGCCCAAGCCGGUGAUGAGACAACUGCCGUAGCACUUCUCUCGUUCCAGGGCUUGACAUUGUUUCCUCGACUUUCGCGUAAAGCGGGAAUGGAAGAGGAAGAUGUCCUGGGGUCCUCGGUCCUGGGAGGAGCUCUGGACUAUCUUAAUAAAGGUGCAUCGAUUGCUUCGUCGGCUCUCUCCUCUCUAGGGUUCAAAAGCGCAUCAUCGUCGUCAUCGUCAUCAUCCGUCAACGCUGAUAUCAAUAUCUUUUCGGUCGCCUCCGGCCACCUUUAUGAGCGAAUGUUGAAUAUUAUGAUGGUGUCUGUAAUGAAGCAUACCAAACAUAGUGUCAAGUUCUGGUUCAUCGAACAAUUCUUGUCGCCAUCUUUCAAAUCGACGUUGCCCCAUCUGGCGAAGCACUAUGGGUUUGACUAUGAAAUGGUGACGUAUAAGUGGCCACACUGGCUUCGAGGACAAAAAGAGAAGCAGCGUGAGAUUUGGGGGUACAAGAUACUGUUUUUGGAUGUGUUGUUUCCCCUGGACCUGGACAAAGUGAUUUUCGUCGAUGCCGAUCAAAUUGUCCGCGCGGAUAUGAUGGAAUUGAACAAAGUCGACUUGAAAGGAGCCCCCUAUGGUUUCACUCCCAUGUGUGAUUCACGAACAGAAAUGGAGGGAUUUCGAUUCUGGAAACAAGGAUAUUGGGAGAACUAUCUGCGCGGCAAACCAUAUCAUAUCUCGGCAUUAUACGUCGUUGACUUGAAACGAUUCCGGCAACUGGCAGCUGGUGACCGCUUGCGACAACAGUACCAAGCGCUCUCCUCAGAUCCAAACAGUCUCAGCAAUCUCGAUCAGGACUUGCCCAAUCACAUGCAACAUAACCUACCGAUUCACAGCUUAAGCCAGGAAUGGCUGUGGUGUGAGACAUGGUGCAGCGAUGAAAGUUUCAGUUCGGCAAAGACGAUUGAUCUUUGCAAUAACCCUCUGACGAAGGAACCGAAACUGGAUAGAGCGAGGCGACAGGUUCCGGAAUGGACGGCGUAUGAUGAGGAAAUAACCGCAGUGAUUAAGGCGGCGACGGAAGAGAAAGAAGAGGAGCCGGUGGUGCCAGAGGAGGCUCAUGAGGAGGUCUUCCACGAUGAGAUAAAAAGGGAUGAAUUAUGA